CCGGCCUUCCACAACAAAUCUCACGCCUUUGCUUCAUCGCCUCUUGUCCGAUGUCUCUUCUCUCCCCCAAUUCUCGCCCCGAGAUCGUCUUCGCCGGGAGCGCCCGAGGCCCGAUCCUGUUCGAGCUCGGCGAGAUCUCUUGGCUGUAAUGCCGGAUCGCUCUGAUUCUGACUCCUCCCCCAAGUCGCCCAACGGCUCGCAGGCGAGCUCCAGCGGGGAGGAGGUGAGGCCGCUCCCUGAUCCGGGAUCGCCCAGCAACGCCCAGCAGUCCUCCGACGAAGGCGGCAGCAGCGACGGGGUGCUUGUGGAUCUCCCCGGACAAACGGAUCAGGAUUCCAGGAGCAUGCGAGGGGAUCCCGACACUGGCAUCCUGGUAAAUAUAGAUGGAUCGAUGCAGGAGUCCGUCGAUGAAUCCGGGAGGGAGGAGACGUUUGAAGAUGCGUCGGAUAUUCUUAGCAGGACGGAGUCUUCCCGGAGCCUUGCGCUGGAGGAGUCUAUGGCUGUGAUCGAAUUCGGGGAGCGUUCUGAUAGUAGAUUGGGGGACGGUGAGCUUGCUAGGGUUCAGGCUCGGCUAGAGGAAACCAUUGCUGAAUGCCAGAAAUGUAAGGAAGAAAGAGAAAUUUUUGGCAAGGGGAUUGUUAGCCUUCGGCAAAGUCUUAAGGACAUCCUUGACCAGCAUUCUUUACUUGGCAUUGGGAAGAAUAAUGACUCCGUCAGUCUCCCUCGUCUAGAAGCAAUUGAAAGCAACGAUAGAGCAUUGUCAUCUCCCACACCUUUGCACUCUAUGUUUGAUGAUUGUUCCAAAUUGUUAACUGACUUGAAAGUCAUUCUAGCCGAGAGAAUGGACUCUGAUAGUAAAAUACUAGAGCUUCAUGGUGCUCUGGAUGCAAAAGACCAAGAAAUUGAGGAACUCAAUGCCAGAGUUUCAGAAUCUUCUAUUUCUCAUGAUGUCAUUAUUUCUUUUUUGGAUGCAUUCAAGGAAACACAGUUAAGGACUGCCGAAGAGUCGAUUAACCUGGUCACCAAAAGGUUGCUUGAUUCCCUAGAAACAGUAGUUGGCCAACAUGCAUCUGCUGAAGAUUCUCCGAAUGAUGGUCUCCCUCUUGUUGAGAAAAAAACACUUCUUCUGAUAGAAAAACAUUCUAAGAUCAUAUCAGAGAUCCAUCUACUGAAGCAAUCCUUAGAAGAAUGCAACCCUGCAUUUGCAGCUAUACAAGAUGAUGAUUUGGGUAAGGUUUUCAGUUUUGCGCGUGAGAAGUUGUUUGAAAGCAACAGAAAUGAAGCUAAUGUACUCGAUAGCAUUAAAAAAUUUGAGGAAGAGAAUAAGAAACUUCUUGAACAGGUUGAGAAAAUAAAAGAGAAUUUGGAGAAAGCUCAAUUGGAGACGAACAAAACUAAGGCAGAACUUGAACAGGCAGAAAACAAGUACAUGACAAUCAAAGAAAAGUUAAGUAUGGCAGUGUCAAAGGGGAAAUCACUUGUCCAGCAUCGUGAUGCAUUGAAGCAAUCCUUGGCAGAAAAGACAAGUGAGCUAGAAAAAUGUAUGGAGGAGUUGCAGCAGAGGUCUGAGGCCUUGCAUACUACUGAAGCUAGUCUUGACGAGCUGAAGCAGUUAUUGAACCAAAACACAAAUGAGCUUGAGACGUGUUUAGAAAAGUUGCAAAUUAAAACUAUUGAACUAGAAAAUGCAAAGCUAAGCAUUGAGGAUUUGAAUGCAAACUGCAUCAUGGUAAAUUCUUUUCAUGAGUCCCUUUCACAAAAGAGUAAGUGUCUUCUGGACAUUGAAGAAAUUACGUCACUUGCACAUCCUCCACAGGAAGUUCUCUCCUUGGAGAUUGUUGAUAGGGUAAGGUGGUUCAUUAACCAAAAGGCUGCUGCAGAUGCCAUUGUCUUGGAAAAUAGGAAAAUUAGGGAUGCUGUAUCUUCCAUUGAACUACCAGAAAUUGUUUCAUCUAGAGAACUGGAUUAUCAAAUUGAUUGGUUCGUGAAAGAAUUCAACCAUGCAAAAGAUGAUAAUGGUAAGUUGCAAAAUGAAAUUAGUUCUGCCCAGAUAGCCAUGGCAUCACAACAAUCAGAAAUGUCAGAAGCACAUAAGGGAAUUGAUAGCCUCGUGUUGUAUCUUUUGGAAGAAAAUCUAGCAAAAGAGGUUCUUCAUAAUGAACUCAAAGAACUACAGUGCCAAUAUGAUGACAUGGUUCAGAGAUUGUCAUCUCUUUCAUCUGAUAAAGAUCAAUUGCUCAAAGCAUUAUUAGAAUUAUCUGAAAAUACAUUAGAUUGCCAACUUCCUGUUGAUAUAAGUCCAACAGUAGAUAGAUGUGUGAUUAAGAUUAGUGAAAAAAUGGCAUCAUCUCUCACAAGAAUUGAACAAAUUGAAAGGAUGCAAUGCAUACUGUAUAUAACAGAUCAGGAUUUGAAAUUAUAUGAGCAGAUUCUUGAUGAUGAUUUGCUCGAAAGAUCUGCCACUACAAGGCUAUCAGAUGAGCUGACAAAGUUGUCAAAUGAGGCAGUUGUAUUGAAAAAUGAUAAAGAGUUGGUGCAGAAAGAACUAGAGCGAGUUGAAGAAAAAAAUUCUCUGCUAAGAGAAAAACUAUCCAUGGCUGUGAAGAAAGGGAAGGGUUUAGUGCAAGAACGUGAAGGGUUCAAAACUGCCUUAGAUGACAAAACAUUUGAAAUUGAGAAACUAAAACGUGAACUACAGCUAAAAGAUGGAACUAUUAAUGAGUACCAAGAGCAGAUCAACAAUUUGUCAAUUAACAUUCAGCAUAUUGAGAAACUUGAGGCAACUAUUGUUUCACUGAAGAAUGAAAGAGACCAGAGCCAACAGAGCUUGCAUGAGAGUAGCACCAAAUUAGAUAACUUAAUUAGUUGUGUAGAGAAAAUUGCUGUUCCUACAGUUAAUGUCUUUGAAGGGCCUUUGGAAAAGGUAAACUGGAUUGCUGAGUACAUUCAACAAUCAAAAGUGGCAAAAAGCCAUGCAUUGGAGGAGCUUGAAAAACUACAAGAGGAAGCUAGUCUGCAGGCUAGGAGGUUAUCUAGUGCCACUGAAACUAUAAAGGCAUUAGAAGAAGAAAAGUCUGAAACAGACAAUUAUAUUUCUUUGAUUUUUGAAGAAAAGAAUGCAAUUCAACUUGGCAAAGUUUCUGUCGAGCAGGAAUUGAAGAAGCUUAAAGAGGAGGUUGAUUUUAGUGUCAGCAAAUUAUCUGAGGCUUAUGCUUCCAUCAAAUUACUUGAAGAUGAAUUGGCAAAAGCACAAAAGGAUAUUACCCAACUCCAAACAGACAGAAACAAUUUGGAAUUUAAAAGUGAUAGAGAGAUUUUUGAGUUGAAUGCCGAGUUAGCCGAAUGCAGGGAAAAGUUGCUAGAAAGUCAUGGAAGCAUGGAGAAAUAUUCAGCAGAGAUGAAUAGUCAACUUGGACAUCUGAUAAUGUUUGUAAAGGACAAGAGUCUGUUAUCUAUAAUAGCUGAAGAAUCUAGCAAAAGCACUGAUGGUUUCAGAAAAAUGAACAGUAUGAUGCAGAAUAUGCACAAUCACUUUGCUUCAAAGCAAACACAAGUCCUUCUAGACUUGAAGGAUGAACCUGCAUUUGAAGAGAUUCCUUUACCAGAAACUGAUGACUUUACAAGCAACUGGAAUGCACAGUUUGAGGAAAACAGUGCAAUUGACAGUGAAGAUGUUCCUGAUAUUACUAAGAUUGUAGCAUGGUCGCAUGCUCGAGCUGAGCUUCUUGAAAAUUAUUUUGGCACUUUCUUCAAAGGUCUAGAAAAACACAUUGCAAGUAUAUUGCGAGGUCUGCAAGUUACUAGAAAUGAAUUUGUUCAUCUUCUUGAGCUUAGUGAGACCAUGAAGUCAAAGACACAUAAACUAGAAGCUCAUAACGAGGCUCAGGCAAACAAACUUGUUUCUUUACAGAAAGGGAUCACAACAUUAUUCUCUGCUUGCAAUGAUGCCACACGAGAACUUGCUGCAUUGAGUGAUUCACGGGACUCUUCAGGCAACACUGUCUCUGACUCACAUAAGGAGUCCUUUUCAGGUGGAACUGAAGAGGAUGCUGAUUUUUAUCCAAAUGUGUCUGAUAAUUUAUUAUUUUCAGUAAAUAGAAUUAAGAAUCACUUUCAACAAUUAUUGAAUGUAGAGAACAUCUGGUUAACAUCAGUAGAAAACAUGAAAAACAAACUGAAUGAAGCUGAAUUGAUCUCUAAAACUUCAGUUGAAGAGAGGAUGAUCUGCGAAGAAAGAGUUUCCAUAUUGGAGAGAGAUCUUGAAGCAUUGACUGAGUUAUGCGAUGACUUGAAAACUAAAAUCGAUAAUUAUCAGGCCAAAGAGGAUUUGUUGAGGGACAAAGAACUUUUGACAACAAAACAUGCUUUAGACAGAGGAAUGAAUACUCAAUUAUUAUCAGAGAGUCAAAUAAGUGUGCUGAUGGAUAAAGUAAAUAAAUUAGAGAUUCCUUACAUCGAGUCAGGAACACUUAAUGCUGGAGUUCAUUUCUCAGAUUCUGCUGAGAAACUCUUUUUUAUAAUUGAUGAAGUCAAUGCGAUGCAACAAAAGAUGGAAAUCCUGAAGCAUGAGAAGGAGGAUAUGCAUUUAAUACUUGCAUCCCAUGUCCAUGAAAUUGAACAUCUAAAGAAGGCAAUUGAAGAAAAUAAUACCCAUUUUCAGGAACUGGAAUUAAAGAAGAAUGAUUUAUUGGAAAUGAAUGAGGAUUUGGAGAGAAUCAUAAAGAAGUUAGGGGGAUAUGAUGCACUACAUGACCAGAAAUCUUUAAGUAGCAAGCUCCUUCUAACAAUGUUGGAUAGAUUGAUUAUUUCCUCAAUGUUGGAAUCUGAAAAAUUAAAAUCUAGAGCACAGGAGUUUGAAGCUAAUUUGCAAGCAAAAGAUGAUCUUGUUCAUGAAUUAUCAGAUAAGGUAAAAACACUUGAAGAUUCAAUUCAUGCUCUAAGUUUGCUGCUGGAGAGCACAAAAGAAAGUACUAUUUUUGAAGCAACUCCAUCAAAAGGGGGUUCAGAGAUAUCCGAAAUUGAAGAUGUGGGGUUACUAGGAAAGAACUCAAUAUUACCAGUUUCAACUGCUGCUCAGUUGAGGACAAUGCGAAAGGGUUCUGACGACCAUCUUGUUCUAAAUAUUGAUUCUGGGUUUGCUCAGUCUGUUGUCGCUGCAGAGACUGAUGCUAAAGGUCAUGUUUUCAAGUCUCUGAACACUUCUGGUCUAAUUCCAAAACAAGGAAAGCUGAUUGCAGAUAGACUUGAUAGUAUUUGGGUUUCUGGAGAACAGCUACUGAUGCGUCGGCCUGGAGCAAGACUAGGCCUCAUCGCCUAUUGGUUCCUCAUGCAUCUAUGGUUGCUAGGAGCGAUAUUGUGACACAUAUAUUUAGAUUAUUAAUCAUAAAAUUAGAAUGUAAAAAUAUGUUUUCCUUUUCUUUCCCACCCAGUUUAUUUCAUUCUUUCUUCUUCAAUCCACUGGAAUUUGUCUUCAACCAUUUAUAAACAGAUUUCCAAAGAUGAGAAGUGAUAAAAAUUCAGCAUUGUUUUUACA